UUUGCUUCUAGACUUUGGAGGCAUCUCAUUAGUUGCAAGAAAAUUUUGGAAAAGGAGGUGAUGGCGGUACAGGAGGUGUCGGUAAUUGAAGGUGUGGGUUCACUUCUGGAUGAUGAUGGCAAACCCAAAAGAAGAGGGACAGCAUGGACAGCAAGUGCACACAUAAUAACUGCGGUGAUUGGUGCUGGAGUUCUGUCUUUAGCCUGGGCCAUGGCCCAAUUGGGAUGGAUAAUCGGCAUAGCCUUAAUGUUGCUCUUUGCCAUUGUCAAUCUCUAUACUUCAAAUCUUCUAGCAGAUUGUUAUAGAUCACCAGAUCCUAUCACUGGCAAGAGGAACUAUGCUUACAUGGAAGCUGUGAGAAGCAACUUAGGUGGUAAAAUGCAUAUGGUAUGUGCAUUCGUCCAGUACAGCAACCUUGUUGGAUUAGCAAUUGGCUACACAAUAACCACUGCCAUAAGUGUUGUGACAAUAAGAAAAAUAAAUUAUUUCCACCAUAAUGGAACUGCAGCUUCGUGCCGUUUUCUGAUUAAUCCAUACAUAAUAGGUUUUGGAACUAUAGAAAUCAUUUUGUCUCAAGUCCCCAAUUUUGACAAGCUAUCUUGGCUCUCAAUCAUAGCUGCACUCAUGUCUUUUGGUUACGCAUCAAUUGGUGCUGGACUCUCUAUUGCUACUGUUAUCCAAGGGAAAGGAAAGGCUACUUAUUUAAUGUGGGGUAGCAAGAUACAGAGUCCAGCAAACAACUUGUGGAAUAUGCUCAUUGCACUGGGAAACAUUGCACUUGCUAGUGGUUAUUCUCUAAUUGCUAUUGAUAUUCAGCAUGAAAAGCAGGAUUCUUUAAGAUCAUUACCACCAGAAAAUGAAGUGAUGAAGAUGGCAAACAAGAUAAGUAUAUCCACCAUGGUAGUUUUCUUCCUGGUAUGUGCAUGCUCUGGCUAUGCUACAUUUGGCUCAGAAACACCUGGCAACAUCUUGUUGAGUUCUGGGUUUAAAGAGCCUUUUUGGCUAAUUGACUUGGCCAAUGUCUUCAUUGUUGUGCACCUACUUGGAGCAUAUCAGGUUGUUGUCCAACCCAUUUUUAGUGCAGUUGAAACAUGCGCUAGCCAAAGGUGGCCAAGCUCAAGUUUUGUUAAUGGAAAAUACCCCUUUAGGAUUGGGAAAAUGAAGUUUAGCCUUAGCUUCUUUAGGCUAGUUUGGAGGAGCAUAUUUGUGGUGCUAGUGACUAUCCUAGCGAUGGCCAUGCCUUUUUUUAACGAGAUGCUUGCCCUUUUGGGGGCCAUGGGGUUCUAUCCAUUAACCAUAUAUUUUCCGGUGGAGAUGUACAUUGCAAGAAAGAAGAUCAAAAGAGGAGCAAAGAGAUGGCUAGGACUUAAAACCUUGAGCUUGGUUUUCAUGUUAUUGUCAAUGGCUAUAGCAUGUGCUGCCAUUCAUGGAAUGAAUCAAGCUCUUCGUAAAUACAAGUUCUUCAUGUAUAAAGAGUAGCUAGUGAGUUGUGGUAUCAUGUGAAAACUUUUAAAAGUAUGCUUAAGAAUAAAAGGAGCUGAAAAGAAAAAAUAUAUGGUUAAUUGCUA